CCUAGCGACAGCGUCCCGGGGGCCUCUGGGGGCCUCGGAGCAAGAUGGCGGCGGCGUCGGGGUCCGAGAGGAGCGAGCGGAGACCUCCGGGGCGAGUGUGAGGAGGGGUCCCGGGGUCCCGGGUCGCUCCGGGCCGGGGCCCCGCUGCGGAACGGACCAUGCUACGCUCCACCGGCUUCUUCCGCUCCAUCGACUGCCCGUACUGGGCGGGAGCCGCCGGGGGGCCCUGCCGGCGGCCCUACUGCCACUUCCGGCACCGCGGAGCCCGGGGUCCCGGCGCGCCCUGGGGCGGCGGCGCCGCGUCGCCCGCAGCAGGGCUUGGCUAUGACCCGUACAACCCGGAGCUGCCUCAGCCUCCUGCGGAGAGAGAGAAUGGCGCGCUGGGCCAAGGUGAUGGCAUGCUGGAGCUGGAGCUGGUCAACCAAGCCAUCGAGGCUGUGCGCGGCGAGGUGGAGCUGGAGCAGAGGCGUUACCAGGAGCUCCUGGAGACGGCACGGGGGCACGGUGCCGGGGCUUCGGCCCUGGCGCCCUGCAGCCCUGCCGCGAGCCUGGAUGACGACGACACCUUCUCGCUGGCCCUCACUUACACACCGGGGGCCCUGCUGAGCCCAGACUCAGGCUACCAGCCCACCCCACUGGCUGCCCCUGCGGAACCAGGUCACAAGUACUCAUUGGCCCCUUCAGAGACGGGUCAGGGCAGAGUUGGAGGGGGCACCAGUGCCCUGGAGUACGUCCCCAAGGCUGUGGGCCAGCCGCGCCGCUGUGGUCGACCCGUGUCUGGUGGCAAGUACGUGGUGGACAGCUCAAAGCCAUCAACAGAUCUGGAGUACGACCCACUGUCCAACUACUCCGCUCGGCACCUUGGCAGGGCCAGUGCCAGGGACGAGAGGGCCACCAAGCGGCCGCGAGGCUCCCGGGGUGCUGAGCCCUACACACCUGCCAUCAAGAAGCCCUGUGACCCCUUCGGUGGCUGUGAGGCCAGGUUCUCAGACUCAGAAGAUGAGGUGGCUAGCCCGGCGAAGGCUGAUGUCAGCAGCCCCAAGGCUGGGACUGAACCUGAAAGCAAGGCGCCUGGGAAACCUGCCUCCAAGGAGGGCCCGGAGCCCGUGGCAGGCAGCCUGCGGGACACCAAGGAGAUGGCUGUGCAGUACGACGUGGAAGACCUCGGGCAGCCUCCAAAAGCGGCAGACACAGUAGCCAGGGCCUCUCACGAUGCUGGGGUCCCCAAGGAUGGCAAAGCCAAGAAAAAGAAAAGUGGGACACCAGCCAGCCUCAGCCACAAGGACAAGGCCCGCAAAAGAGACAAGAAGAAAGACAAGGACCCAGGACGGCCCCGGGAGAAGGAGAAGGUGUCUGCAGACAAGAAGAGGCCACAAGCUGGCAGCCCCCGGGGCAAGGCCCAGGGCUCGGAAGGGACCAAGAAAAAGCCAUCCAACACCACUGCAGUGGCCAGCUCAGGGAAAGGGGGACCAGGCCGCUCCUCCAGUGGAGGGUCCCGGCCCCAAGACUCUGGGUCUGGCCCCCACGCCCCACUGGCCUGGAAAGGCGGCAGUGACAGGAAGACAUCAUCAGGGAAGUUGGUGGAACGCAAGGCCCGCUCCCUGGAUGACAGUGCCCCCCAGGAAGCCCCUAAGCUCAAGAAGCGGGCCCUGAGCCACGCUGAAUUGUUUGGGGAUGAGAGUGAGGAGGAGGAGGACUCAGGCUUGGGGGCCAAGGCACCCCGGGUCUGGCCCCCCACCCUUCCCAGCCUCAGCUCAGACUCAGAAUCAGACUCUGACUCCAGCCUGGGCCUGGGCGAGACACAGGUGCCCAAGCGUCUCAAGGCCGAGCCGCCCGCAUCCCCCGCACCGCCCUCCCCAUCCUCCUCCUCCUCCUCCUCGGGAGCCAGCCAGUGUGCAGAGGAGGAUGUGGACUACUCGGCCCUGGAGAAGGAGGUGGACUUCGAUGCGGACCCCAUGGAGGAGUGCCUGCGGAUCUUCAAUGAGUCUACCAGUGUGAAGACGGAGGACAAGGGCCGGCUGGCCCGGCAGCCCCCCAAGGAGAAGGCCGUGGAGAAGGCGCACGCGGGCCUGACCACUCUGUUCCCGGGGCAGAAGAGGAGGGUGUCCCACCUCUGCAAGCCAGGCAAGGAGGCGGAGGCCCCCAGGAGGGCCCCCGUGGCGCCCCCAGCCCGGCCCCCGACUGCUCAGGAGGUGUGUUACCGGAGGGCGCAGCAGGCGCAGAGGGACUCCGCCAGCUGGCUGCAGGGGGCCCCGAGGCCCACGGACAGACUCUCCUCCGUGCACAUCUCCGCCCCUGGGGAGAAGAGGAGGAUUGCUCACGUGCCCAACCCCCUCCUGGCCACCACCCCGACAGGUGCCAAGAGGGCGCUCCCUGCCAGCAGCAGCCAGGCGUCCCACGGUCCUGAGCCUGGCAGCCAGCCACUGAAGACACGCACGCUGUCAGGGAUGGCAUCAAAGACCACCACCACUGUCACCCCCAAGCGCAUCGCCCACAGCCCAUCACUCCAGAGUCUAAAGAAGCCCGUUAUCCCAAAAGAAUUUGGCGGCAAGGUCCCCACUGUGGUGCGGCAGCGCUAUCUCAACCUCUUCAUCGAGGAGUGUCUCAAGUUCUGCCCGUCCAACCAGGAGGCCAUCGAGAAGGCACUGAACGAGGAGAAGGUGGCGUAUGAGCGCAGCCCCAGCAAGAACAUCUACCUGAACGUGGCUGUGAACACCCUUAAGAAGCUGAGGGGCCUGGUCCCCAACACCGUGCCCAGCCUCAGCAAAGCCGGUGGCCGCAGAGUUGUGUCCCACGAGGUGGUGCUGGGAGGCAGAUUGGCGGCCAAAACCAGCUUCUCACUGAGCCGCCCCAGCAGCCCCCGGGUGGAGGAGCUGAAAGGGAACGCCUUGUACAGCCGUCUCAGGGAGUACCUGCUCACUCAGGAGCAGCUCAAGGAGAAUGGCUACCCCUUCCCCCACCCAGAGCGCCCAGGGGGCGCCGUCAUCUUCACGGCCGAGGAGAAGAAGCCCAAGGACCCCUCCUGCAGAAUUUGUUGUCGCUGUGGCACCGAGUACCUUGUGUCCUCCUCGGGCCGCUGUGUGCGCAGUGAGGAAUGCUACUACCACUGGGGACGGCUGCGGCGGAACCGCGUGGCCGGGGGCUGGGAGACGCAGUACAUGUGCUGCGCGGCUGCCGUCGGCGCCGUGGGCUGUCAGGUCGCCAAGCAACACGUGCAGGACGGCCGGAAGGAGAACCUGGAGGGCUUUGUGCGCACCUUCCAGAAGGAGCUGCCCGAAGACGCCCACGCGGGGGUCUUUGCCCUGGACUGUGAGAUGUCCUACACUACGUACGGCCUGGAGCUGACCCGCGUCACAGUCGUGGACACAGACAUGCAGGUCGUGUACGACACCUUCGUCAAGCCUGACAACGAAGUUGUCGACUACAACACCAGGUUCUCGGGGGUGACGGAGGCUGACCUUGUGGACACGAGCAUCACGCUGCGGGACGUGCAGGCCGUCUUGCUGAGCAUGUUCAGCGCCGACACCAUCCUCAUCGGACAUAGCCUGGAGAGCGACCUGCUGGCCCUCAAGGUUAUCCACGGCACGGUGGUGGACACCUCGGUGCUGUUCCCGCACCGCCUGGGCCUGCCCUACAAACGCUCCCUGCGGAACCUCAUGGCCGACUACCUCAGACAGAUCAUCCAGGACAAUGUGGAUGGGCACAGCUCCAGUGAGGACGCCAGCGCCUGCAUGCACCUUGUCAUCUGGAAGAUCCGAGAAGACGCCAAGACCAAGCGAUGACUCCCCACCCGCCGCCGCCCCCACCCCCACGCCCCUUUCCUACAACCCUGACUCCCCUUCGCCCCGAUGCCCUCAGCCCGAUGCCCUCGGCCUCUUUUCAAACUGUAAUAAAACAUGACAGCUGAGCGUGUGUCUCCCGAGCUCGGGCUGCAGGUCUGGAGUGGCCCUGAGCUGGGGCUGAGACGACCCCUGAGCCCAGCCCUACAUGUCGCCCUCAGGCCUGUCCCUGUGCCCAGUCGGCCCCACCCUCCCUGCACCAGGCAGUGGCCCUCCUCCUCCUCCUCUGUAUAUAACGCAGCUGACAGGACAAGCCCUCCUGGUUUGAGACGGGGGUUGUCUUUUUUUACUUUAUACUGUUAUUUUUAUUAAUUUUUAUUUAAACCUGCUGACCCACAGUUCCUUCUCCUCAGCAGAGGAGUCCAGCCCUGGUGCCACUGGGAUCCAGGGCCUGAACCCCACACAGUCAAUCCUGUGGGCUUGGAUGUCUGCCCUGCCUUGUGGGGUGGCUUCCAGAACUCCCCCGAGCCACCAAGACUCCCCAGCCUCAGCCAAGCCAGCCCCAGGGAAGGCCCGACCUCCCAGGGCCUCCGGGCUGCCUUCCUGGGGGCUGCUGCCUCUCUGCGUGGGUAGGAACAGAAUAAACGUUUAUAUGAACUUUAGAUUUCCUAGUGUGUGGUGCUUUGGGGGCCAGGCAGGACCCCAACACACCCCCUUGUGGCCCCUGUCCCAGGGGCCAGGAUCAAGGAAAACAAAUUAUUCCCUUUCCCAGAAACCAUCUCUGAUCCCAAGUGGGCCCAUGCCACCCUGCUCUGGGGAUCUCUGUGAGAUAACCCAAAGCUUAGGUAGGCCGUGCUUGCCAGCCCGCCCUCUCCUGAGGGUCACCUUGUGUCUCUAGUGCAGGCUGGUGGUGUGGUCUCAUCGCCUGUGUGAGCCCAGCUACUUAGACAAGGUCCAGAGUGGAAACCAGGAACCCCUACCACGUGGUGUCUUGAGAGAGGGCCCGGCCAUCCAGGCCACUCUGUCCCUAGGUCAGGAAACUAAUUUUGCAGUUCUCAUGUCCCAUGUGACCUCGGCAUGAUUGGCCUCCGCUUAGCAGUUACCUGUUGGGCACAGAGGAGCCCCAGAGCCAUCAGGCCCUGGCUUGGCUAGCUGGAACUAGAACCAUGCAGGGUGAGCCAGCUGUGAGGGUCAGGGCAAGCCUCCUGCGGGGGCUGUGGCUCAUGGCAAGGGCAGCUUCCAGGGGUAGGGAGCUCUCGGCUGCAGGGUCCCGUGGGCGCUUCCUUGGUUAAGCCGGGCCAUCUACCCUCAGGGUUCUCUCGACCAAUCUGUCCCCUCUUCUACCUUCUGUAAAGUUUUUUAAAAAAAUAAACGGUGCCGAUGUA